GGAGCCGCCGUCGGGGCCUCGGCAGCUGGGCAGCAGGACGCGCCUCCUCCUCCUCCUCCCGCCUCGCUCGGGACCCGGAGCCGGCGAAGCCGCGACGGCAGGAGGGCUAAAUCGGGAUUGCAGCUGCCAGGACAAAGUAUCUUAUGAUGCCUAAAAGGAAAGAGAAGGAAAUGCAAAGCAAUGCAUUAAGAAAACAUUGACUUUUUUCAGAUUCAAUGGCCGACUUAAAUGGUUGUCAAGACUCCUGACACACACAUUUUUCUGGGCAUCAUGGAUUUUCAGGAAUAUAGCCUGCAAAGCAGUCUCAAAAAGUAGCACCUGCCCUCUAAUCUUUUAUUAUCUUCACUGGUUGUAAAAAUGGCCAGCAAAAGGAAAUCCACAACACCUUGCAUGAUACCACCAAAAACACUGGCACUGCAGGAGUUGCAACCAGACUCUGUUGGAGUUGAUCAUGAAGGAUCUCAACAGUCUGUUACUCCUGCAACUCUGCCUAUUAGUGACAGUGUUGUUCACAAUAAUCACAAAAAUGGGCUGUUGUCCAAUGGACAUAGUGGUAUCUUAGAUGGUGAUACUUACAGAUGUAUGUAUUGCAAUUUUGGCUCUCGAGACAUUAAUCAGUUCCUUGGUCACCUUGAUUCUGAGCACAUAGACUUUAGCAAAGGCCCGUCCUUUGUGUGUGUGCAGUGCAGUUUCCUGGUCAAGAGUCACAAAGAGCUUUCAUGCCACAACGCAGAGUGCCACAUUGGGGAAACUGGCUUAAUCUGGAAUGUCGUGAAACAAGGCAAGCACGUGAUUGUGGAGCAAACCAUUGGAGAUACCACCAGCAGCCAGGACCUUCUGGGGGACCUCCCUGAGGAAGGUCAAGACAGCCAAGCUGAAAUUAUCAUUACCAAAACACCCAUUAUGAAGAUAAUGAAAACGAAACCAGAAGUGAAAAAAAUCCACACGCUGAAAGAAAAUGUAUCUAGUAAACCAGUCAAGGAUCUGGAGAAAAAAGUUGGCGAGCAGCCAUUCACCAAUGGAUCGGUGCCAGUGAAUCAAUCAUCAACAGGAACAGUUAAACCAACACAUGUUGUCAAUGGCUCAAUAAUAGGAAAUGUACCUGUUUUGCAGGCAGGCAUCACUCAAUUUGUGCAACUGCAGCAGCAGCAACAGCAGCAGCAGCAGCAGCAGCAGCAGCAGCAGCAACAAAAACAACUCCAUCAGCAGCUACCCACAUCAAAAUCCCUUCCCAAGGUAAUGAUUCCCCUGAGCAGUAUCCCAACAUACAAUGCAACAAUGGACUCUAAUAGCUUUCUGAAAAACUCUUUCCAUAAGUUCCCUUACCCUACCAAAGCUGAGCUUUGCUAUUUGACUGUUGUGACCAAGUACCCAGAAGAACAGCUGAAGAUUUGGUUUACCGCCCAGAGGUUGAAGCAGGGUAUCAGUUGGUCACCGGAGGAGAUAGAAGAUGCACGGAAGAAAAUGUUUAACACUGUGAUUCAGUCCAUACCCCAGUCCACCAUUACAGUGUUAAAUACACCCCUAGUUGCAAGCCCCGGUAGUGUUCAGCAUCUCAUUCAGGCCAGUUUACCUGGCCAUUCUGUUGGGAAACCCGAAGGAGCAGGUGGUGUAUUGGUUACGCAACCAAUAAUAUCAAAUGGACUUCAAGGGACAACCUCAUCUCUUGCAAUAGCAGCCACAUCCAUUCCAAAGACUCAGAUAGCAAAGCCGCCAGCCACUGUGUCAGUUUCUAGCACUUCGUCCCCUGUGAAAGUGGUGAGUGCUGCUCCAUCACAGCUCACUGCUUGCCCAACUAUAACUUCACAGGCAUUCUUAGAUCCCAGUAUAUACAAGAAUAAGAAGUCUUACGAGCAGCUCUCUGCAUUGAAAGACAGUUUCUGUAGGAACCAGUUUCCUGGACAUGCUGAAGUGGAGCGGCUUACAAAAAUCACAGGCCUUAGUACAAGGGAAGUUCGAAAAUGGUUUAGCGAUAGGAGGUACCAUUGCAGGAACAUAAGAGGUGGCAAAGCUGUACAUGCUGGAGAUAAUACAAUAAUAAUAGAUUCUGUGCCUGAAAUUACCUUCACCUCUUCUCCCAAAGCAACCCCAGAAUUAACUUCCACGUUGGCAGCAACACCUGCUGUUCACACCCCAACCCGUCGGCAAUCCUGGCAUCAAACACCCGAUUUCUCCGCUACAAAAUAUAAAGAGAGGGCUCCUGAGCAGCUCAGAGCAUUGGAAAGCAGCUUUGCACAAAAUCCCUCUCCUCCAGAGGAGGAAGUGGACCGUUUGAGGAGCGAAACCAAAAUGACGAGGAGAGAGAUUGACAGCUGGUUCUCGGAGCGGAGGAAACGGCAGGUGAUCAAAGAUGCGGAGCAGCAGGGGGACGAUGACGCCGAAGAUGACUCUGGGGAAGAUGAGGGCUCCUCGGAGGACUUGAAAGCUUCCAGUGAAAAUGGCUCAUUGGAUGCAGCCACCAGCUCUCAAAGGCCAGGAGAGCGCAAAGUAACCCCCAUAAAAAUCAACCUUAAGAACUUUAAGGUGACUGAGUCAAAUGGCAAAAGCGAGGUGCUAGGUUUGAGUGAAGAUUUCCAAAGAAAUAAGCCCCAGAAGCCCAAGCUAAGUUCUAAAAAGACUGCUCAGCAGAGACAUUUGCUCAAGCAGCUCUUUGUGCAGACCCAGCGGCCGACAAAUGAACAAUAUGACCAAAUAUGUUCUCAUACAGGACUUCCCAGGACUGAGGUGAUUCGUUGGUUUGGAGAUAGUCGCUAUGGUUUAAAAAAUGGAAAUUUGAGGUGGUAUGAGAACUACAAGCAUGGUAUCUUUCCUAAAGAUAUAUUGACCUCCAGUGAGGCCAGCAGGGCUGUCCUGCAGGACUAUUUCCAAAAGAACAAGGUGCUUUGUGAAGAUGACCUCCCAGGUCUGUGUGAGAGAACUCAGAUGACCACACAACAGAUCAGGCUGUGGUUUGCCGAAAGGCUAGAUGAAGAAAACAGGGGAGUGUCAGACACAGGCAGUGAAGAUCAGUCCUCAAGUGUUGGUGAGCCAGCUGGCAGUCAAAAAGGGACAGUUGAUGCCUUUUCUGAGGUUUCGGAGAACAGUGAAUCCUGGGAGCCUGGAGGUCAAGAUGGCAGCUCUGAGCUUGAAGAUCCGGAGUGUCAUCUGCCUGCAGUUCACUUUGAAAUGGAGUGAACCGGCCCUGCCUCCUCUGAAGGAUCUGCUGCUAACUUUGUGAAGACUCAGCAGCUGUAGGCCUCAUUCUGAAUCUCUGAAGGUCCUGAGGAAACACUGCCAUAAUGCCAAGAUCAUACUUUUGUAAAGCACAUUGGGGAGUUAAGCAAGAGGGAACUGAUUACUCAAGAAGACCUUAUUUUUGUGUGUGGGACGGGGCUCAUUUUUGUAUGUUUAGUUUUAGUCUAGCAGUCUGCUGCCUUGUCGAGCAUAGGAGCAGAACCGCCACAGUGGCAAAAAUUUCCUCUCUCUCAAAUAGAUUCUCUGUUUUUGUUUUCCAGUGGACAAUUUCUUUCAAACUUCCUAUCGGUAAGGAAACGGUUUUUCUUAUAUUACAGAGUGGCCUGCAAACAGGAUCAUGAAUCUGGGGCAUUGUGUUAAACGUUAAUUGUUUCAUAGAACUGGACUAUCAUUGGCAUAAUACAUUCAUAAUCUUUCAGUGUUUGUUCUCUGAAGGCUGAAUUAUUGCAUAUACAGAGAGACAGACAGACAUCCUUUCACCAUUGAAUCUCUAGGUAUGGAAAUAAAAGCUGCAACUGGCACCUACUCACCAGGGAGCAAGUCCCAUUGAACUCUAUGGAA